UUGUCCCUGGAUGGUUAUUCUUUAUCUGUGCUAACCAACUGAAAGUUAUCCUUUAUCCAAUCUGAUAGGAAAGAUGGUAUGUUUAUUUUCUGGAUCUACAGCGGUAGAAUUCAGCAUAUCUUUGGAUACCUAGGCUGUAGUUUUAUACAGAUUAAAUGAUUUAGUUUUGUGCACAGUACCACUAGAUGCAAGAAAUUGAUACCUUUCUUGUAGUUCUUACUAAUACAUAGCCAAAAUUCCCCCUGGAAGCAAUUUUCAGGGAGAAUCAUAGGAUAUUCUCCCAGAUAGUGCCAUCAGACUGGUUCAUAAAUGAUGAAUUGCACUACCAGUUUUAGUUUGUCUAAUUUAAUGCCCUGACUUGAGAUUUCCUACUGUGAAUUGUAUCAUACAUGUUCACCACAUGAACCAUAAAUUUUUAGUUUGUAUAAGUGUAUUUACAUGGACAAUUAGGAUUCCUUUAAGGCUGAUAGAAAUAAAGUAUUUGUAGUCAACAGCUGAGGGCAUACACACUCAACAAGUAGAAUAAAGUAGUGUUAGUUAUCUCCUAAUAUCAUUUUCACCUUUAUCCCUUGCAUUGUUACAUAAGGUAUUUCUUCUCUAUGAGGCCACCCCAUGGAUGAAAAAUGCUUAAGCAAACUCAUCAAGAAACCCAUUUCCUUUGACAUCUGAAACAAACUCCAAUCUCCAAUCAGUUUUAAAGCCUGCAACCAUGCAUCAAAUCUCUCCUCAUUUCAAUCCAAAACAUGAACUGUGGCCAGUAACUGAGAAGCAGAUCAAGAACAGCUUGAGGCUGACCUAGCUAGCUCAGCAACACGACAUGGCAGCGCCAAGAAGUUGGAGAGCUGAAGCUUGCGUGAUUUUUGUGGUUGCACUGGUGGCGCGGUGGUGCAGCACGUCGACGGCGAGCUGCAGCUUCACCAUAUCCAACUACUGCGCCCAGACCAUAUGGCCGGCGACGCUGGCCGGCGCCGGCACGCCGCAGCUGGCCACGACGGGGUUCAGGCUCGACCCGGGGCAGAGCGUGCAGGUGCCGGCGCCGGCGGGGUGGUCCGGCCGGGUAUGGGCGCGAACAGGGUGCGACUUUUCCGGCGGUGCCGGCGUUGGUGGCGCGACCGCGUGCCAGACCGGCGACUGCGGCGGCCGCUUGGAAUGCGCGGGCACGGGCGCCACCCCGCCGGCGACGCUGUUCGAGGUCACGCUGGGGAAGGGCGCCGUCGGCGACAAGGACUACUACGACGUGAGCCUCGUCGACGGCUACAACCUCCCCGUCGUCGCCGUCCCGCAGGGCAGCGCCACCGGCGGCGGCGGCGCCUGCGCCACCACCGGCUGCACGGCCGAUCUCAACCUCUCGUGUCCCAAGGAGCUGCAGGUGGACGGCGGCGGCGGCGGCGGGACGACGGUGGCGUGCCGGAGCGCGUGCGAGGCGUUCGGGCAGGACCAGUACUGCUGCAGCGGCGCGUACGCGACGCCGGCGACGUGCCGCCCCACCGCCUACUCGGGCAUGUUCAAGUCGGCGUGCCCGCGCGCCUACAGCUACGCCUACGACGACGGCACCAGCACCUUCACCUGCAGCAGCGCCGCCGGCUACACCAUCGCCUUCUGCCUCGCUUCCACCGGAUCGAACACCUCCGGCGUCACUCCGCCGAUCAGCUCGCUGCCACCGCCGCCGGCGGCCAAUGGACAGAACGGCGCCGGAGGCGGUACGCCACCUCCUCCGGCGGGCGACAAUGGCGGCGGGAUAACUAGCAACCAGCCGCCUCCUCCGACCGACGUGAAUGACGGUGCCGGAAGCGCCUACCAGCCGCCUCCGACGGACGGCGAUGGCGCCGGGAGCAGCGCCGAUCAGCCGCCGUGGACGACGACACCGUCGUCGGCGAGCAAGCGGGUGAUGCCGUCGUCGGCGAGCACGCAGCGCAACCAGCGGGAGUCUCUCCUGCUGCUGCUGCCUGCAUUGCUCUUCUUCCGUUUAUGAUCCAAGCAGAGGUCUUGUAGGAUUUUCUGACGCUGACAAUAGUUAUCAGAAUUCCUCGUAUAUGU